CAAAAGAACGAGAAGUGGCGAGAGUUUAAGAAGGUCAAAGGUCGAUUCGAGUCAGGUGUGGCCAAAAUUUCCGGCUUCUCCGGAAAUUCACCUGAAUUCUUCCUAUAAACUUUCGUGUUUUGACCGUAAACUUCCGCUUCAAGUCGCACAACGCUUCCACGAUGAGUCGUACGAUCUUUUUACGUCAUAUUUAAGUCCGGAACCGGCGUAAACUUCGGGGAAUACCGACACUUGUGACGUAAAAGUGACCCACACUCGAUUUUUGUCUUCCACGCAUCGGACUUUCUUGACAACAGUUGUGAAACUCUAGUUGCAAUACAGCGGAAGGUAAGGCGACACCGCUCCGCCAUGGAGAGUAAAACAUCACCAAGACCUGAGCUUAGGAAAGAAACCAGCGUUCCCCUCGGUCGCGAGGAAAUCCAGAUCGUGUUGGAUCGUUUCCUCCAACGACACCUCAGUAUCACCGAUAAGUCCCCCCUCGGGCAAACCAUCGCUCCUUCUAUGAGUCCGACAACGCCAACCCCCGGCGCAAGCGGAUUUAACUCUCCGACGAAACCUACGGCAAAUGGGUUCUCUCCUAGCGAACAUCAGAACGGACAUGCCGGGUUCAAACGCACGGGAAGUUUCGGCAAGGCUCUGGAACACCCAAUCAUGGAGUCCAUCCAUCGAAGGCGAACGUGGGACAGCGACCGUCACAACCGCGUCAACCAGCAACCCGACGAAGUGAAAGCAACCGAGGAACUAAAGAAGAAAAAAUCAGGAUUCCACCGCUGGCUCAAAAGCGUGUUCACGUACGAGAGCUCAAAGAAAAACAAGAAGAAAAAUUCGGAAGAAUUCAAACCUGACUCAGAAGACGGUACCCUAGACAAUCACCAUCGUACAAUUGAAAAGGGUGCGAAACCAAAGAGAACUGAAAGCUUCAGCAAGUCGAUAAGGCGGCGUUUCAGCCUAAGAAGAAGUAAAAACAGCCCAAAAGACUCUUCGGACUCUCAGUCGCCGGGAAGCGACAGUUCAAUAAAACUCCACGGAGUGUACGGGAGCAGUCAGUCGCGUGCAAGUUCUCGCGAAGGCGACCGCCACAGCACGGACACGCAGCUUUUAGACAAUUCAACAGAGGAGGAAUCGCCGCAGUCUUCGUAUCGUACGCAAUCGCUAGAUCCAGAUGAGGUGUUGGAUCCUAGGAUGGCAUUGCCACCGCCACCGCCACCAGGUGGAAUGACAAGACCAACCACACUGGGACUAGCGUCGGUACAUCGGCCAGGAGGGCUUUCAUCAGAUGUCGACAUUGAUGGACUUGACAGUCCAGCAGAUGGCCGGAGGACACCAGAUGAGAGAACGCAGGAGGAGAGGGAGAAAUUGUUAGACAUGAUCGCAGCUAGAAUCGGUCAGAUGGGGGACGACAUUCUGGAACGCCAUUUUAACUCAACUCCCAGUCCGAGCGGUGCCCCCCAAGGUGCCUCUGGUGGCGUUUCGUCCACUUUAGAAGUUCCCAGCAGAACGGCGAGCGGUACAGAGAUCACGGCAGUGGAGCAGGCCAUGGCCAGCUACCUGUGUAAACUGCUCGAGGAGGAUGACGGAGUCAGGCUCAACCAUGACAAUCAGCCUAUCCCAGUCGAACUACGCAACGAAAUGGGAGAAAACAUGACGUAUGAACAGUUCAAGGAGAUGGCAACCCGCGUACAAGCCAUCGUACACCGCGAUUCCGGAAGGGACAUCGAGCUCUCCCAACUCGCCAUGGUGUUCGGCUUCACAAAAUUCGCCAUCAAGACGGUCGGCGUGACGACGGACUACGCGAGGGUCCUCCGUAACUUCUGCUUGGAGUACUUGGAGAACACCUUCGCUGGAUGGAUAGCCAGUCAUGGAUGGGGUCAGCUAACGGAGCAAGAACAAGACCCCGACACUGAGACGUCAGAAGCUGAAUCCAGAGAAUCCGAGAUCGACUGAUCUUCACAAGAAGAACUCUUUUUUAAUUGUACAUACUAGUACUAUUUAAAAAAAUGCUGAUGGUUUAUGGGAUAGAAGAAACAUAGCACCUGAAUUGUAGUCAUAGAUUCUGUUCUGUUGUUCGGUUUUGGAACUUUUAUCAAUAUGCAGUGCAAUUUUUUUGCAACUGUUAUCGUUGUUAUGAGAAUUUUUCUUCUAUGCAAGUCUAAAACAAACCAAAAAUUGUUCAGAUCUUGUUGCUACAAAAUGUAAGUGCAUGUAUGCUGUUAAUGCCAGUUAAUGCACUAUAACUGGUAGCACAUGUAUGUGUAUAUGACUAAUAUGAUGCAUGGAUGAGUAUAUUUUUCCCAAUAGAUAUUUGUCCUUGCACAGUUUUGUCAAACAGGAAAAUCCUACUAAAAAUAGUGACAUCUUUUUGAUGCUGAAUAUUGUUGCUGCAUGAUAAAAAGUAUUUCAAAGUUUUCUUUUCUCACUAAGGGCUGUUGCACGUUUUAAACCUGGUUUAGAAAUAGGAAUUUUAACAAAUGAAAUAUGUAAAUACUGACUUUUAACUGUCAAGCUAUUUGACUGUUCAAGUUCUGUUAUAAACAGAAAUGUGUGCAAAAAUGUUCUUACUCUUUGCAGCAAAUUUUUAUAGGAAGUAUCAUUAUAAUUCCCACAAGUGCUUUUCAGAAAUGAUUUUUUUCACUUUGCUGCUCUAAGACAAUGGAGCAAUGUCUUAGCCAUGUUUACAUUUUUAAGAGAUAGCAAAUUAAGAACAGCAGCUGUAUAUCAAAGACUGUUUUUUUACGCAUCUUUAAUCUUUCCCAGGGAAAAUCACAGUAUAGUGUCAGGAAAACAAAUUUGACAUUCAAAAAAUUGUACAUAGCCCUCUCAGGAUCUGAUGAAAACAGCAAAUCUCCUUACUGGAGAAAUGAUUGACAUAUGCAAAUAGCUAUCUGAAUUGUAAAAAUGCAGGAUUGUUUGUUGUACUGUACUUAUACAUGUAAACGCAUCAAAAUCUACCAACUCUCUUUCAAUGCUCCUUCAAUAUGACUGUACAUAUGGGCUGUUAAUAAAGGUGCUAUAACAUGUGGUACAUA